AUAAUUGAGACGAAUACUUUAUUUAGUAUGUGAACAGAAACCCCUCAAAUUAUGAAAAUGGAAAGUCGACGACAAACAACAGGUUACACCACGCCGUCCAGGGCACGCUUGGUGAUAUGUAGCUUAUAUACUGUGUGGUUUGUAUACCUCGUGCACCCGAGCGCGGGGCUUGCCUGUGCGCAACAAAUUGCCGCAUAGCGAUGCUAUGUCAAGGCUGCGAUUGCUGUUAUUGGCGGCUGCCUGGUAUCUUUACGCUAAAGCAGUGCAAGGAGCAGGCCUGGACGGAAAUGCUGCCCGAGCCAGUCUUCUGCGCCUCUGGCUUGAAACGGGUGCAUGGCAGUCGCAGCCGCAGCCAUGGGCAACAACGAGCGAUGUUUGCCAGUGGUCAGGCGUGGUGUGCUGCAGCGCGGCCUUGACCUGCGCCGUGAAUUACAACCCUGCACACAACUCCACCCAGGUAGCCACAUUCCCCUGCUCUAGACAGAGGGAUGUGUGUGCUCUGCAACUGCAAGGCUACAAUUUGACCGGGACGCUGCCGGGAUCGGCGCUUGUGGGACUGGGGCUGACUGCGCUAAUCCUGGAAAACAACCCAGGUCUUGCUGGGUACCUCCCAGUGGAGCUGCUGCAACAGCCCAACAUAUCGCUGGUGGAUAUCCGGGACACGCGGAUCUCGUGCCGCCUGAUACAGUCAACGCAAUCUGGGCCGGUGGCUGCGGCGCCCGUGCCGUGCAGCCUGCCAGCUGGCUACGCCUGGGGCCCCAUGGUGCCGGCGGGUAACGCCACCACUACCGCCGGCAUUGCCUACCCGGGCCUGCUGCCUGUCGGCGCCGGAGCUAGCUGCCCGGCGUACGCGUACCGUACCAGCAGCAGCCAGGCCAGCGCCGCAGCAGCACCGCUGCAGUUGGCAGGUGACGCCCUGCCGGCCGGGGCCUCAGUGCUGCUGGCCUCCCCGGGGUACUUUGAGUUCCAGGCAUGCAGCUGCCGGCAGCUGCCCGGCGGCGUGCCGGCCGCGGAGCACGCGCCCGUGCUGGGCUGGGGGACCACCGCCGGCAGCGGCGGGAGCAGCAGCGUUGAGGCGACAUGCUUGGCCGUGGGCGAGGACAUGGACGUGCCCGCGAGCAGCCAGGGUGGCGGCAUUGACCCGGCCGUCUUCGGCGGGGUGGUGGCAGGCGUGGCGGUGGGCUCCUUGCUCCUGGCCGUGCUAGCGACGUUGGUGUGCGUGGCGCUUAUCAUGCGGCGCCGCUACGCACGCCAGCGUGGCGGCUCGCGCCGCCAGCGGCAGUCCUACGACGGGCGCGCGGCGUCGGCGCCGCGCGAGACGUCGUUCUGGGCGCGGCUCAUGCGCAGCGGCUCCUCGCGCUCGUCUGCGUCCUGCAACGGCAGCGUGCACAGCUCCGGCGGCAGCAGCAGCGGGGGCGGGCACGCCGGGCCCAUGCCGCACCGGAGGAGGAACGGUGCGGGGGCGCAGGGGGAGCAGUCGGGCUCCGCGAGGAGCACGACGGCGGAGCGGCUGACCAGCAGCCGUCUGAAGGAUGGCCUGUCCGGCAAAGUCAUCACCCACGCACCGGGCGCAGGCGGCGGUGCGGCGGUGACCCUGGUUGCGACCGACGUUGAGGGCAGCACGGAGCUGUGGGAGUGGCAGCCGGACGUGAUGAACCACGCGCUGGCCCUGCACGACCGGCUGAUGCGGCUGACGCUCGCGGCGUGCUGCGGAUACGAGGUGACGACGGAGGGCGACGCGUUUUUGGUCGCGUUCCACGAGCCGGUGGACGCGGUGCGCUGGGCGCUGCUGUUGCAGUCGGCGUUGCUGAAGCUGGACUGGCCGCCGCUGCUGCUGGAGCACCCGCUCUGUCGCCCGCGGCCGCUGGUGCCGGCGGCCGUGCCGGGCAAGGACGCGGCCGGCAAGGACGCGCCGCUGCUGGUGCUGUUCAAGGGCCUCGCGGUACGCAUGGGCAUUGCCACGGGCGUGCCGUCGGCGGUGCGCGAGCACCCGGUCACGGGCCGCAUGCAGUACACGGGCGCGGUGCUGCGGCUGGCGACGGGCAUUGCGGAGCUGGGCUGCGGCGGGCAGAUGCUGCUGGAGCCCAUGACCUUCAAGGGCAUCCACAACAAGUUCGAGGAGCUGGACGUGGUGGACAGCGAGGUGCAGGCCAUUGCAGACGUUGUCCGGCACGACAUCACGGUGCUUGGCCAGCCACGGGAGGUGGACCGGCCCUCGCCCUACAGCACGCUGCAAACCGGCAUCACGCGCGACUUCAACACGGCGCACGCGCUGGGGCUGGCGCUGCCGCCGCUGCCGGAGCACUCCGCGGCGCCGCACAGCCGGCAGUCGAUGUCGCAGCACUCGCAGCAGCAGUCCUGGCUGCUGCAGAAGCACCCUGCUGGGCCGGGUGGGCCCGGCCCCGCGAACGGCUCUGCGUCCACCGCGGGGCAGCCGCCGCAGUCGGGGUUGUCGCAGGGGCAGCCCGGGCAGGGGGCGCCCCUGUCGGGCAUGGCCGGCGCCGCCAUGGCGGGCGCCCCGCUGCCGGACUGCGGCAGCGUGGGCAGCCUCGUCUCGCCGCUGCUACUGGAGGCGGCGGCGGCGGCGGCGCAGCAGCAGCAACACACGGGCGGUGUGCCCAGUGGCGCCGCCAUGCGGCGGGUGCUGCCGUACGCGCCGCCGCCGUCCGCGCUGCUGCCGGCGGCGUCGUCCGGCACCGGCGUGACGGGUGUGCUGAGCACAGAGGCGACAUCGCCGCUGAGCCAGAGCUACGAGCCGCCGCUGGGCGCGGGCACCACCAUCGUGCCCAUGUCAUCCGUGUCGCUGCCGCAGGUGCUGCUGCCGAACGGCAUGAGCAUGCCGCUGCAGCUGCCGCCGGGCACGCAGCUGACGCAGCAGCCGCCGUCGCCGGUGCCUUACGGCGGGCCAGCCCAGCACGGGCAGCUCGGGCUGAUGUGUGGGCUGCCGCAGCCGUACGGCAUGGCGGCUGGGCAGCAGCAGACGGCCGGCAGCGGGCCGCCGCUGGCUGGCCCCGUGACCGUGUCGGUGCUGCCAGCGCCGCCCACACACGGCGGCGCGCACACGGCCAGCACGCGGCUGCAGCGGCUGGCGGACUCCAUGGUUGCCACCACGGACCCGCUGGCGGGGCCCUCCUACUCGCAGCGCCUGUCGCUGAUGCAGCACCCGCCGCCGUGGCAGUUUGCAGCGCCCUCCUCCUCUGCUUCGAACAUGCAGCCGCAGCCGCAGCCGCCGCACCUGCACUCGCCGGAGCCUAGCGGCCACCGCCUUGACCGGGCGCCGUCGCAUCAUCAUUCCGUGUCCCAACCAGGCGGCCCAGUACCAGCAAGGCCGAUCGCCCCAGCGGCCACGGCUGCAGCAGCAGCAGCCGCAGCAGCUGCUGUUGGCGCGGCGGGCUCGGCCUACGCCUCCACCUCACACGCACAGCCGCUUACCACGCCGUGGGGCGCAAGCAGCCCGAACGCGGCGGCGGCUGGCGCCCUCGCCAGCGGCACGCACGGGCACCUGCUGAUGACGCCGCUCGUGGUCCCCCUGCACCGCCCGGUGGCGCUGGCGGCGGCGCGCGGCUCCACGGCGGCAUUGGCGAACAGCAGCGACAUGCACGCCAUUGAGUGGAACGCGCAGCUCGCCAACAUGAACAUGCUGCUGACGUCGCGCGGCAGCUUCGGCGGCCACAUCCUGACCAUGAACGCGAGCCAGCAGGGCUCGCGCGGUGGCGCCUUGGGGGCGCAGGUGGCCGUGAACGAGAGGCCGCCGCACCUGAUUCUGGCAGGCGGAGGUGGAGGUGGAGGCGGAGGCGGAAGCGGAGGCGGAGGCGGAGGCGGAGGCGGAGGCGGAGGCGGAGGCGGAGGCGGAGGCGGCUGCACGCUGGGCGUCGUGAGCCCGGUCGGCGGCGGCGGCGGCAGCGGCAUGCAGCCGUCGGGUGCGAUCCAGCCCCCCGCCAGUCCAAGGGGGCCGCCGCGGCCGUCGCUUCCGCCCCUGUACCCCGCCGGCCCAGCUGCCGGCUCCCGGCAGUCCUCGCUGCAGCGCCAGGGCGCGGAACAGGCCGCGACACAGUCGCUACUCGAGUCACUGCAGCUGCCGCCGCCGCCUAUGCAUGCGUUUCAGACGCAGGCGCAACGACAUGCCCAGCAGGUGCUGGAGCAUGGGCUUGGACAGGCACGGAGUGCUGAGGAGCACCAGCCGCUGCCACGACCGUCCGGCACGGUGCCGAAAGAGGCUGAUGAGCUGGAAGGAAGUACAGCAGAUCGGGGCGCGGUUCACGGUGGCAUGCUGCGCGCGGGGCCAGGCCCGGUUGCGGAAGCACGCGAGGACAGCGGCGGCGAGGAGGGGGAGGAGGAGGGGGAGGCGGAGACGCAGGAGCUGCGGGCUCAGUUGCAGGGAAGGCCCAUCAUGCCUCGGGGGGACCCAGCGGCGGUGGCGUCCGCCAUGGCUGCGGCUUACGGCAUCAUAGCUCUUGGCGAAGUCAGUCAGCAGCCGCAGUUGCAGCCGCAGCCGCAGCCGCAGGCCCAGCACCAGCACACAUCGCAGGCGCGCAGCGACGGCUCCGCCUCCCUAUCUUCAACGCAGGCGAGCGGCGGCGGCCGGGCUCAGCGCCCGCCCUCACACGCUGCCAGCCAGCCACGGGCGCACGCCUCAAGCACUGCCGCCUCCGUCGCCUUGAUAAGCUCCGCGGCUUCCUCGCUCUCGGGCGCCGCGGCCGGCACCAGCACGCAGCUGCCCCCACCAGCCGUGGUCCCCAUCCUGGGGGUGCAGCAGCCGCGCGGCGCCCCUUCCAGCGGCCCGCUGGACGGUCACGGGCUCGGGUCCGGCAGUGGCAACGCCGCUGCCGCCGCCGUUCUCGCCGCUAGCGGCAACGCCACCUCCUAUGCCGCGCUCAUUGCGGAUUACCAGGCCACCGGCUCGUCCACCGCCUUCACGGGGGUGGCCGCGGCCGCGGCAGACGCUGGCGGCGGCGGUGGCGGCGCCUCUGCCGCCCAGCACGUGCAGCAGGGCAUCGACGACAGCGGCGCGAAUGUGCGGACCUCCCAUGCACUGAUGGUGACCGGCAGCAUGUCGUCGUCGUCGUACAUGUACGGCACCGGAACGGGGACCGGAACCGGAACCAGCACCAGCGGCCGCGGUGGCACGGCUCGCAGCAGCAGCCGCGCAGGUGGCGGGAUGGGUGGCAUGGGCGGCGGCCUGGCGGCGGGCGAGCGGGAGGAGAUGGACCUGUACAACAUGCUAUUGGAGGUGCCGGCCUGGGGCCUGAGGAACGCCAGCGGUGGCACCGGCAGCAGCAACCCCGGCGGAGCCAUUGCGGGCGGCAUCCUGGCUGGCGGCGGCUCGCUGCUGGCUGGCGCCCGCAGCGGCAGCGGCAUGAGCGGCCUGAGCUCCGGCGGCGAGCUACACCUGGCCGGGCAGCUGAUACGCCACCUGGGUCACCAGUUGGGUGGCGGCGGCGCCCAUGCCGACGGCGGCGGUGGCAACGGGGCCGCGGCGGCGGGUGCAGCAGGCGGCGGCGGCGCUAGCGCCUGGGCGCAGCUGCCGCGCCAUGUGUCAGGCAGCCUCACGAGUUCGCCGCUGGGUUCACAGCACGCGGAGGACUCGGCGCUGUCGGGCCACGCCGCGAUCAUUGCCGCCGCCGCGCAUGUGCACGCCUGCAGCGUUGGCCAGUUCGGCUCCUGGAUCCUGCCGCCCGCAGCGGACGGCGGGCUGGACAGCCGCGAGCGGCGCUUGACGUCACGGCCCGCCGCCAGCGGAAGCGGCAGCGGUGGCAGCGCCGCCGGCAUGCCGGCGGCCGGCGGCCGGCGGCUGCAGUCUCCGGAGCAGAACGACAGCUUUGUUCUAGGAGAUGCCUCGGCGCUGACCUCGGGCGCGGGCGCGGGCGCGGGCGUGGGCGUAGGUGGCAUCUCGCUGAUCAAUGGCGUCCCCAGCACCAGCAGCAUGGCCAUGGGCGGCUUGGGCGGCGGCACCGGCGGCGGCGUCGCCAGCGCGCGGCUUGAGCAGCAGGCGCUGGCAAUUGCCGCCGGCUUCAUGCCGGGUGACCUUCCAGCAGGUGGCGGCGUGGGCCUGCGCGCAGUCAUGCAGCCCGGCGGCACCAUGGCCUACACUGGUGGCGGCGGCGGCGGCGGUGGCGGCGGCGGCAGCGGCGGUGGCGGCGGCGGCGGCGGCGACGGUGGCGGCGGCGGCAGCAGUGCAGGCGCUACCACAGACGGCUCGGUCCACGCCAUGGCGGGCGCGGAGGAGGCGCAGCCCAUGCAGCAGGGGCUGGAGGUGAUGCUGCAGUCGGGGGAGGCCUGGCAGCCGGCGGCGCCGCGGGGCGGGGCUGCGGCGGGCUCUGCCACCGGCUCCAGCAGGGGCGACAUUGCGGUGGUGGAUGCGCACACCGCAGCGCAAGACCAGCAGCACCCGCAGCAGCAUCAGCCGCUGCAACCACCUCUGCCGACGCCGGCGGAGAAGGAAGAUGAGCAGCAGCAGCAGCAGCAGCAGCAGCACAUCGCCCAGGUCAUUUCCGUGCUGGCACGCAAGCGGGGCGCGGACAUGCACGCUGGGCUGGAGGCGUCGUCGCCUCGAGCGGGGAGCCCCCCCGCGAGGACGGGCGGCGCCUCACCUACAAGCGGCCGUGACAGCGUGAGCCCACGCGCUGUCCGCUCCUCCUCCUCCUGGAGCGCAGCCUCCUCGCGCACGCACGCCGGGCACGGCGGCGGCGGCGGCGGCUCCGGCGCUGACGAGGCUCAGCCGGGCGUGCUUGGGAGCGACAGUGCCGCAUUGGGGCGAACGGACUUCUCCUUUGCCUUCGCGGGCCCCGGGGCGCUGUGGUCGCGCGUCGAGCAGGCCGGCGGCGAGGGCGUCCAGGUCGCGUCUCUGGAGCUGUCAACGGGCCAACUGCCGCUGGCAGGCGCGGAGGGCGCGGAGGGCGCGGGCUAUGGUGCACUGACUCGGUCGCAGCCGCAGCCGACGGUGAGGGCGGUGUGGGGGCGCGGCAUGGUGAAUGCCUUUGUGGUUGGAGCUCCAGCGGUCGCAGCAACAGCCGCAGCCGCGCCUGCCGAUGGCGUCGUGGACCUUGCGGCAGUGCUGUACGGCGGAGGUGGAGGCGGAGGUGGAGGUGGAGGUGGAGGCGGCGGCGGAGGCGGCGGGGCCGCCAGCGGCCGCGAGGCGUUGGUCCGGCGGCAGCACUCGGAGCGGCACCGCCUGGCCAGCACCUCCACCGCGCGUGCAAGCCUCGCCCAGCUGACCGGGCCGGAGGGCAGCAGCGGCGUGGGGCUAGACAGCAGCCGCGGCGGUGCCGGCCGGAACAGCAGCGUGGAGGAGGACGAGGCACUGGGAGUGUCGUCUGUGCCGCUUGCCGCCAAGGGAGCGCAGGGCAGUCUUCGCACGCAGUCCGCCAAGGUGCUCGGCAGCAUUUGGAAGCCACGCAAGCUGCGCUCCGAGGAGCCACCUUUGACACAGCAUCAGCAGCAACAGCAACACCAACAACAGGAUGGCGGAAUCCAGAUGGCUGCUGGCGUCUGGAUGACCAGCCGCCCACAGCUCCCGGCACAGCAGCCCGCCUCUGGGGUGCGGGGCCAGCCGGGCUCGCCGGCCGCGCAGCAGCAGCCGGCACAGCUCGCACGCCCCUCGGGCUCUGGUGGCGGCGGCGGCGGCUCCUUCCGCCGCCUUUCGCCCUCCCCUGGUAACUCCUCCCGCAUGCUGGGACAGCUGGCCAUGCUGGCGCCAUCCCCCACGGCGGGUGCGGGGCCGGGGCUCGGGACGAUGAUGCCGCCGCAAUGCCAGCAGCAGGCGGCGCACGAGAUUGGUGCGGGACGCAGCAGCCUCCGCGGCGGCGGCUCCAUCGCCACCCCCCGCACCACACAGAGCAGCAUGGCCGCCGGCAGCGCCCUGCUGCUGCUGAGCGAGGAGGGCCCGCCCGCGCCGCCCUGCAGCCUGCUGCCCUCCGGCGCCGGCGGUAUGCCGCCCACGGCUGCCUACCAGCAGAGCAUGAGCGGCGAGGAGCCCGUGCUGCUACCCGCGCCCUGGAUGCUGAACCCAGCCGCUGGUUACACGAUCGCCCCCGGCGCACCGGCGCCCGCCGUGUACGGGGCGGCGGCGGCAGGGGCGGCGGCAGGUGGAGGCGGGGGAGGCGGCGGAGGCGCCUCGCAGGCGCCCUCCAUGCCAGCAGGUUUGCGAGCCGACUCGCCAGGUCAGCUGUCGGCGGAUGUAAUGUUGCAAGCCUUGGGCGCGCCGCUCGCCAGCACCGGCACCAGCAGCCUGCCGCAGCAGUUCCUUGGCGGCGUCAACCCGCAGAUGCUCAUGCUGCACCACCAGCAGCUCUUCAUGCAACAGCAGCAACAGCAGCAACAGCAGCCCUUCAUGCCACAGCAGCAGCAGCAGCAACAGCAGCAACAACAGCAACAGCAGCAACAGCAGUUCAUGCAGUUUUACGGGAAUGCGGCGCCGGCCUCAACCGCCUCCAUGGGCUCGAACGCGCCACGGUCAUCGAGCACAGGCGGCGGCGGCGGCGGCGGCGUUCUGCCACCGGCAGCUGUGGGCGGCGGCGGCGCUGGUGCGAUGGCGGUGGCGAACCCAAAGGUGUUGGGGCUGAGAGAGAUGCUGGGGCGGGAGGCCGCCGCUGCCGGGGCUAACCGGGCGGCGAAGCACGCGCGCGACCUUGCAGAGGAUGAGGAGGAGGAGGAGGAAGAAGAGACGCCGCGGAUGAUGCGAGCCAACACCUUUACGGCGCAGGGCGCCGAGCGGGCGACCGCGCGCAGCAGUGCGCAUGGCGCCGGGUCCGCUGACGGCCGAGGGCCGCCUCAAAAGCAAGACUCCGGCAUUUUCGGCAAGCGCAGCAGCGCCGACACCCAUGUCAACAGCAGCGGCCUCGCCAUUGCGAGUACGCAGCCCCACGCCGGCAGCAACGCCAACUCGCGGCGAGCCUCCGCCUACUUUUCGGGCUCCGUGGCCGCGCGCUGCAGCAGCACGUAUGCGCGCUGGCCUUCUGACGCGCAGCACUCGGCGGCUCUGCUGGUGACGGAUGAGGGCGUGGGCGGCACGGGCGGCGGCGGCCGUGCCGGCAGCAUCGGCAGCGUCGUGCUGUUGUCAGCAGGCACGGCGCUGCUGUCCUCCGGUCGGUCGCAGCUGACCAAGCGCCCGCCUGUGCUCCAGGAGCUUGCGGACAGAGACGAGGACGAGGAGGAAGACGGGGCGGACAAUGUGGGAGGCAGGGCAAGCACUAGGCCUACCGGCGGGAGGAGAACGCCAGAGAUAGAGGUACAGGAUGACGAGACGCCGCGCCUGCGCGCGUCGCGACAGCACCCCAUGUCCGACGGCGUCGCUCUAUACGGGCCAGCGCGUGGCGGCGGGCGGCGCGCGGCGUCGGCUCGGCAGGAGCGUGCCGUGUCAGGUGCGGGGGCGGGCCCCGACGGCCACGGGGCCAUGCAGCUGCGGAGCCUGCUCGUCGGCAGCACGGCCGCCGCCACCGGCACCAACACGGCCACUGGCGGCAUCAGCAGCACGGCCACCGCCAGUGUGGUCGGCACGCUCACGGGCGACGCCAGCACCAGUAGCCACGCGUACCAUCCACAGCUGCGGGCAGCAGCCGGCGGCGCGGGCGGCGCAGGCGGUGGUGGCGGUGGUGGCGGCGGCUGGGGCGGGGCCACGGGCUCCCGCCCGCUGCAGCCGGUGGCGGGGAUCGAAGGGCUGGAGUCGCCGGCUGUGAUGAUGGGCGGCUGGCGCCGCUUCGGCCUGGCGCGCAAGUCGGUGCGGCUCUCUCUGGACCUUCGCACAGGCACCUCACUGACAAGCAGCGGCGGCCCGCCGCCGCCGCCUACCGGCGUCCUGACCGCGGUGCCUGAGGACGCGAUGCGCGCAGUGCACGCCAGUCGCAGCCACGGCGGCAGCCAGAGCCUGCAGGGCCAGGGCGCGGUGCCGCCGUCGCCGGUGCUGUCGUUGGCGCGGAUGGUGGGUCUGGGCGGGCUGCAUGCGGUGCGUGGCAGCCGCGACAGCCCGGAGCGCUCGACCGGCUCCGCCGCGUCCUGCCACAUGCAGCGGCUCAUUGCGCGGACCAAGAGCAAGAGCGCGCUGAUCAAGAGCCUGGCGUUCAAGCACGGCGGCAGCUCACACCGGGCCGCCACCCACCGGCCGGACUCGGGCACGCGCUCCCCAGAGGCGCGGCCGCGGAGCAGCCGCCACCACCCCCACGGCCCCAGCCAACACCAGCACCACCACCUCCACCACCACGACCCGCAGCACUCGCCGUCGCAGCGCGAGACGGGGGCGUCGCCAGCACACGGUGCCGCGAGCGUGGGCUCGGGGACCCCGCUCGACGGGGGCUCGGGCCACGGAGCCACUCUGGCGGACGGCGGCGGCGGCGCCGGCUACCACCCGCUGGUGGUGCUCGACAUGGGCAUACACUCGCUCUCAAUCCCGGCCCUGGAUGCUUUGUACGGCAACCUCUACGACGGCGUCCAAGUCAUUGCGAUCCUGCCCGCGCACCUCAAAUGCCGGGCCGCCUACUACCCGCCGCUCAAGUCCGUUGCCAAGCUGGCGCCUGGCUUCCUGGACGCGCCGGGCGCGACGCAGGCGCUGCUGCCGUGCGCGCCCGGCAAGUCGCCUUCCUUCCACUGUAACGACGGGAAACUCGCGUCUCGGCGCGUCUCAGCGCGUCCGAGCGCAGUUCAGCCAGCCUGCGCCAGCCAGCCGAUAUGUGCCGAUACUGCUACAACAAGCCUAUAAGCCUAGAUACAGUAAGCAAAGGCAUUGGCACAGGCGAGCAUCGGUGACACCGGUGCAAUCGGUCG